CUCAUAUUUAACAUGAUGCGCUGACAACGUGUCGCCAAUUUUACCUGUGUGCUUCCAAACAGUUGCUGGAGUCUGAUUCACGUCUCAGGGAUUAACGUAACUUUGAAGAUGGACGAGGGCAGUUUCACCUAUGUGUUCGCAAUGGACGAAUUCAACAACUCCGAGGAUGGAUCGGGGGAUAUGGACGACUAUGCAGAGCUCUGUACAGAAGCGCUCAAUAAAGAUUUCCAGAAAAUCUUCCUGCCAAUCGUGUACGGAAUAAUCUUCGUCCUUGGCAUCGUCGGAAAUGGGCUUGUGAUCAUUGUGAUGGGCUACCAGAAGAAGUCGUCCAACAUGACUGACAAAUACCGCGUCCAUCUCUCUGUGGCUGAUAUGUUGUUUGUGCUCUCAUUGCCCUUCUGGGCAGUGGAUGUGGCGAGCAGUUGGUACUUCGGUGGAUUUCUAUGUGUCGCUGUGCACAUGAUCUACACUGUUAACCUGUACAGCAGCGUGCUGAUCUUGGCUUUCAUCAGCCUGGACAGAUACCUGGCAGUUGUUAAAGCGACCAACAGCCUGUCCACCAGAAAACUUCUUGCAGAGCGCAUUAUUUACCUCGGCGUGUGGCUACCUGCUGCGCUGCUCACCGUGCCUGACCUGGUGUUCGCGAGAGCAGAAGAGAGGGGCAGCAAAACUUUCUGCGAACGCGUCUACCCACAGGAGGGCAACGCGAUUUGGAUGGCUGUGUUUCGUCUCCAGCAAAUUCUGGUUGGAUUCGUGCUGCCCGGGCUGGUCAUCUUCACCUGCUACUACAUCAUAAUUUCCCGACUGUCUCAGGGUUCCAAAGGACAGACGCUGAAGAGGAAGGCACUGAAGACCACUGUCAUCCUCAUUGUUUGCUUCUUCUUCUGCUGGCUCCCGUACAACAUUGCCAUCUUUGUGGACACUCUCACCACGCUCAAUGUCAUCAGCAAUGACAACUGUGGACUGAUGCGGGGCCUUGAGAAGUGGAUGCCCAUCUCAGAAGUGCUGGGUUACUUCCACUGUUGUCUGAAUCCCAUUCUGUAUGCGUUCCUUGGGGUGAAAUUCAAGAAAUCCGCCCGGAACACGCUCAACAGCAGAUCCAGUCACAAGAUUCUGACCAAGAAGAGAGGAAUUAUUUCAUCAGUGUCCACAGAAUCAGAAUCUUCCAGUGUCCUUUCCAGUUAAUGAACGGACAUUGCUUUUUUAUGUAGAUUUUUAAAGACAUUUUAAAAAGCACAGUCCUCAUUUUUGUACACAAUUGUUACUUGAACAAAACAUGUUUUAAUUUCAGUUGUCACUUCAGAUUAGUACUUUUGUAUACAACUUGAGUCUGGCCUUUAGUGAUAAAUGGCUUAUUGUACAUUUAAGCAGCAUUAUUUUUUAUAUGCUGAAUCAUGUUAGACACUGUUUGUAAAUGUCUGUAUAUAGUUUGCUUGCCAUUAUGUAUAGGCACUUAAUUGCUUUAAGAGGUUAUUUAUUGUUGUGGUAGCUUACACUGUUUUCGUGUCAUUGCAUUGAUUUGUUGAGUGUCUUGUUAAUAUAAUGUUCAUAAUAAACCAUGAGGGUUUUUAAAAA